GUCUUACUUACGAUAUUCCAUGUGCUACAAAUUGACGAUCGCUCUCACCUAUUUCGGCUUUUGGGUAGAAACUUGUGUUAUUCUCGACGCCAAGCUUUGGUGUCUCACGUCUGUAGCGCGUGCCCCUCAUAGUCGGAUUUUUAAUUUUCCUAUUUAGACUUUCUUCUUCAUUCAGAUAGUAUUUGAUUCAUGAAGCUACAUCCACAGACCUCUGCAACGAAUACAAAAUAUUAACUGUACAAGGCAAAGCUUUUCUGGUUCAGGAGACUGAUGGCUUGAUUGAUCAAUGCAAUAGAAGGGACAUUCAGUUGCUGUUUAACAAGAGAUAAAUGGGGGAUUUCAAGCUACCAUAUUUCUUCAAUUAUCCUCCUUACUUUACUUUACAGCCCGUGAAGGAUACUCAGGAAAAACAAGUGCAGUUGUGGAAAGAAUUGAUACUCAACUAUUGCAAGCAUCACAAAAUCUUUAUUAUUAAUUUAGAAGAGGAAUUUUCUUUGUUUUCCAAUACAGCAAUUGAUAGAAAAUUAAGCCACGAAGCUAAGGCGGUCUUUCUUCAAGCAUUAGUUUCCGAAGGUCGAGCUGAAUGGCUAGAUAAAGGACGAAAAAAAUGUUUGAUUCUUUGGCGUCGAAUACAGGAUUGGGCCGAGUAUAUAUUACAGUUUGUCCGAGAAAAUGGUCUGGAAGAUAAUGUUAUGACACUUGAAGAAAUCCGAUCAGGUGUUGAAUCAAGAGGAACAGACCUUGCUGAUAUUGAUCACAUUGUUUUACAUCGUGCACUGAAGUUGUUAGAACAACGUGGCAAAGCUGUAAUGUUCAAAGGAACAUCAACAGAUGAUGAAGGUGUAAAAUUUUCUAUUUAGGGAUCAAUUUGAAGUUAGUAUGCAGUUUCUCAUUCUUCAAUCACUGUAAAUAAUUUAGAGGCAUGCUUGAGUUGCGUUGGUUUCAAUUGGAGCGUAGAACUUACAUUGAGUUGUGUUGGCUUCAUUGAAUCAUAGAACUUUCACAUACCCACUAGUACAACAAUCACAUUAUGUCGCUUGUAUACAUGAUUCAUAAAUAUUAUUGAAGAUUCUCUUGUUGCUGGGUUGAGUUA